AUAAAAGAAGGAACCCGAGACAGCGCAUUGAAUCAAGUAGAAACCAGCUUAGCUACUUCACCCAACUAUACUUUACUUGCAUCAUUCAUCUUUACCGCGGACCUCGACGGUAGACAAUUUCAGGUUCCUAUGUCUGCCGGGGUUUGUGGGAAACGGGUUGGGUUUGAAGAGAUAUUUGGUUCCUCUGGAUCAUCGGCUAAGCGAUCUAGAUGUUCGACUUUCGGAUCUCCUGUCCGAUCCUCCGAUAUUGGGUCCGGAUCAGAUGACCCGCUAUCGGCCUUGCUCGAUAUGUUUCCUGCCUUGGAUCAUGAGUUGGUAAAAACUAUUUUCAGAAAUAACAACAAUAAGAUUGAAGAUGCGAUCGAGAGUCUACGUGUUCUUUCUGUUGGUGAUGCUGUUGAAAUGAAUAAAUCACCUAGCAUUGAUUCGACUACUGUUGGAAGUUGUACAGAUGUUUUCGGACAGAGCAUGGCUACUUGUAGUCAAAUUUCACACCUGGAGGUUGAACCUGUAAAUGAUGUGCAAGCAGCUGUUGAUUAUGUAAAUAUGACAGACGGAUCCAAGUGGGUGGAUUUGUUUGUGCAUGAGAUGACAAAUGCAAGAGAUAUUGAUGAUGCCAAGGGACGAGCUGCAAGAAUUUUAGAGGCUUUUGAGGAAGCUAUAACUGCCAACUCAAGGGCUGUGAAGGAGGUUGAGUAUGCUUCUUUAAAGGAACAUCUACGGAGCUUGUUAAAUGACAAUCAAAUUUUGAAGAGAGCUGUUGCCAUUCAGUGUGAACGAAAUUUUGAGCAAGAGGAGAAGACUAAGGAAGUGCAACAUCUGAAGCUUGUCCUAGGCCAGUACCAAGAACAAGUUCGUAAUUUGGAGCUUAACAACUAUGCAUUGAAGCUCCAUCUUCAGAGGACACAAGAAAGUCGCUCUUUUCAUGGGCAUUUCCCUCCAGAUAUAUAUUAGGAUUCUUUUCAUCUGUCUUCACAAGUUUACUAUAUCCUUACUCAAAGUCGUUUUCAUCGAUCUCUAUUUGUUCACUAUGCAAGAGGUAACAUCUAAGAUUAAGAUUAUACACAGUUGUACUAAUAUGAAAGUUCUUGUAUAAUUAUAGCCAAGAACAAUGGCAAUUGGGUGCAAGUUCUUAAUCAAUUGGAGGAUUCUCUCCCCUCCAUUUUUUAUAACUUUA